CUAGAUGGAAAAAGAGACAGAGAAUCUUUCGGUGGAGGAAGAAGACCAAGAUGCGCUAGUUGACUACGACAGCGAUAGCAGCAUUAUCACGGUAAUAGAAAGAGAAAGAGAUAGCGAGGAGACAGUAAGAAACUUAGAGAAAGAAAAAGUUAAACUUAGACGUUUAGAGUUAGAAGCAGAGACUAAAAACGAGAAUAGAGAAAAAUUAGAGAAACCCGAAGUCAGGGUACAGAGGGCUGCUGCAGAAGAGAACAUGAAACAAGUGAAGUGCUACAGAUGCAACCGAAUGGGUCAUAUGGCGAAGGACUGUCCACUGAUAGAAUCUGGUGCCUGGUUUUGUUACAACUGCCAGGAAGUUAGAGGCCACAAGGGUGACAGCUGUCCUAAUGCCGGAGCCCAGGCGAACAAAUUUAGAGGAAAAAGGUAUACAAAUAAAACCGUUAAUAAAAAUGUAAAGAUAGAGUUAUUAAAUGCGCGAAUAUAAAAAUGAGCUUGCAAACAUUUCAAUAGAUGGUAAAGGAGA